CUUGUGCGAGAUUCCUGGGACACCAUAUCUGAGAAAUAUACUGCAAGUGAUCUUGGAGGGAUGAUCUAUGAUGGUCUCUUUAAGCUGGCCCCGAGUGCAGCCUCCCUAUUCAACAAGCCACGUGAUUACAUGGCUGUCAAGAUGGGUGAUACACUCGGGAUGCUUGUUUCGUUUGCAGAUGAACCAGACGAUAUGAAGCAACAAGUGGCAUGGCUCGGGCUACGACAUGUUAAUUAUCAUGUGAGGCCUCAUCACAUUCCUUUGAUCGGACCCGUGAUCAUGAAUGCUCUCGCCGACGCUGCUGAGGAUGCCUGGACUGAGGAAGUUGAGAAAUCAUGGGGGACAAUCUUCCGAAUGGUUUGCGAAAACAUGGCAGAG